UCUCGGAUAGCGCUCUAUUCGACAUACGACGGGCCACCCGCCCGCCACCCACUACUGACGCAGCCAACAACCGCACUCCGCAGUCUAAUUGAAAUCAUUCUGUGUAUAAUACAUAUACACCGCGCUAGACUGGCUUACCGGACGCCGCGAGUCGCGUCGUUUAUCUUUCAACGAGUAAAAUAGAUUGCUACGGACUAAACUUUGAUAAGUGUGCAACAUGGCAGAAAAACAAUAUAUCUUGGGCAUGGACAUUGGCACUACUUCGGUAAAAGUAUGUGUUUAUGAUCCAUCUACAAAAGAGUUGGUGGCAAAACAAAAUAAGGAUACGGCAGCUAAUAUACCAAGUGAUCAGGGCAUCGAGGGUAACAAGCAGGAUGUUCCAAAAAUAGUAUCAGCAGUCCACUAUUGUGUCUCAAGACUUCCGAGAGAUGUCCUACGACAUGUUACAAAAAUUGGUGUUUGUGGUCAAAUGCACGGAGUUUUGCUAUGGAAAAACAGAGCAUGGGAGAAAGUUGAAAAAGAAAAUGUUGUGAUUCGUUUUGAAGCUACAAGAGAAAAUAUGUCAGCACUUUACACAUGGCAAGAUACAAGAUGCAAGCCAGAGUUUCUAGAUUCUUUACCAAAACCCAAUUCACACCUGAAAUGUUAUUCUGGUUAUGGAUGUGCUACAUUGUUGUGGAUGCUUAAGCACAAGCCAGACAAACUGAAGAACUUUAACUAUGCUGGAACAGUUCAAGACUUUGUGGUGGCUAUGCUUUGCGAUUUGGAGACACCAAUAAUGUCUGACCAAAAUGCUGCUAGUUGGGGGUAUUUUAAUACUGAGGAUAAUAAGUGGAACAGCGAAAUAUUACAGUCAAUUGACUUUCCUGUCGGACUUCUUCCAAAUGUUGUCAAAAGUGGCCAAUUAGCUGGAAAACUUAGCAGUUCUUGGAAUGGCAUACCAGAGGGUACACCAGUUGGUGCCGCACUCGGCGACCUUCAGUGUUCGAUUUUAGCUACUUUAGAGAACCAACAAGAUGCCGUAUUAAAUAUUUCAACCUCAGCGCAACUUGCGUUCGUGGUUAAGGGAAUUACAGAUUUGGGGUGUGCCACAGUCGAACAUUUACCGUAUUUUAAUAAUAACAAUUUAGUGGUAGCUGCCUCUAUAAACGGCGGGAAUGUGCUGGCUACAUUCGUAAAAAUGUUACAGCAAUGGAUGUUGGAGUUCAGUUUUCCUAUUCCUCAAUCCAAAGUAUGGGAAAAACUUAUUGCAUUAGGUUUAGAAGCACCACCAACAUCAACUAUGAGAAUUAUUCCUCAUUUGUUAGGCGAAAGACAUAGCCCAACUGCUAAGGCAGCAGUGGAAAAUAUAGACUUAUCUAACAUUCAGUUGGGUCAUGUAUUCAGGGCUCUCUGUGAUGGUUUAAUUGAAAAUCUACAUGUUAUGAUGCCAAAAGAAAUUCUAAACAAUGCUAAAAUUAAAAGGAUUGUUGGGAAUGGCUCAGGAUUGUCCAGAAAUCCGGUUUUACAAAGAGCUGUAGAACAUUACUACAGUUUACCUCUAGAAUUCACUUCAGGAGGUGAUGCUGCUAAAGGAGCUGCUAUAGCAGUUGCAUAACUUAGCAGCAAAAUGAACACAGAAUAAAAAAUAUUGUACCUAGUACACAGACAAGCACAAGCCCAAUUAAAUAAGUACCUACCUACUU